AUGCCAUGGCCCGCAAAGCCUCCUAUGACCCUCAAGGAGGCCAAGCGGGCAUACAAGCGAGAUGGCGCCACUGUUCGAUACACCGCGUCACAAAUGGCCCGCGCCGACAGGAUCGAUGCCCGGGAAGAGAAGCGCAAGAAAGAACUAGAAAGGAACAGACAAAGAGUUGAGAACAAGCGCAAGCGGGAAGAGAAAGCGGAAAGAGAGCGCACAGUGAGGCAGAAGAUGCUGGAGGAGGGCAGGAUUAGCAUUGAGGAUACUUGGGGGAAAGUCACCGCAAGUCAACCUAGGUUGAACAGAUUCUUUGGACAAAAGGCUGUUGCCGCUUCAGUGAAAGGCAAAGGCGACAAAGAGGAUUCUGUCAGCGCGGAUAAGGAGUCUGUUUUGACAGAGGAGACUGUCGCGAAUGACAUAUCACAGGGACUUCGGGAUGCUGUGCAGGAGGAAAUACCAAUAACCGUGUCGAGAGCUGCGCAUGCUCCUCCACCCAGGACGACUGACCCGACUCUCACUUCUGCCGAUAAAAGCCAACCCGUUCAAGCAAAACCGUCUUCUUUGGGUGAUGACCGACCUCCAGGACUAAGAGUGCUCACUUCCUCACAAGCCAACGCCCGUUCAUCAGCACCGGCAGGAACUGUCAACAAAUCACACUGCGGACCACCACCGAGUUGUGCCGAGCUUCCACAAAGUAGCCUACCUGUUUCUUUGGGUUCGUCAGCGUCACCCAGAGAUACAGGACAGUCCCUCCGUGCCUCGCCGUGGUCAGUUAGGCGUGAUUCCGUCGCAGCGGGCUCUCCAGGCUCCCCAACGGAACUGCUUUUUGCGAAAGUAGGAAUCGAUGCGGGCAGGGAAAAGGUCGAGCGGAAACGACAUAGGCUAGAGCGUUCCACGCCCGAACAAGAAGGGUUCAACAAAACCGUGACCGCACAAGUGCAACUUCCCCAGUCCAGUCUUGACGUGGAAGACGACGAAGAUUUCACAGAUGGUAUCGACGACGAAACAUUUCUCAUGCUAUGUGCGACACAAAAGCCCAUCCAAAUCGCUCCCUCAACGCCACCCCGUGAGCCUCCGACGUCCCCAACCUCGAGCGUCGACACGCGAAUUUGUUCGUCCCCCAAGCAAGGCUGCAGGGUGGAACAUGGAGCUAGGACAAGCAGAACUACACAAGCCACAAUCAAGCCAUCGAAAGAAUUAUCAGAAAGCUUCAACUCGGUUUUCAAUGAGAUCGAAGAUGAAGAUCUCCUUGCUCUGGCUGUAGAAGUCGAGGCUCAGCUGGCUACAACAAAACAAACAUCCACAGAAGCACCAGCGGCAAUGAGUGCAAAAGUUGAGCCUCCACCUUUAGCGCAGCAGCAGCCUCUGAGGUCACGCGGGACGCCGAAGCGACAAUCUGCCGCUCCGCGUGGAAGAGCGAAAGUCACCAGACAAGAGGCUCCAUCUCAAGAGACGACCGCAGGCGCGGCUCGGACGCCAACAUCGCAAAAUUUUGCAGAGGAGACAGCGAAGCUGAAAGUCAAUGUGAAUCUCUCGCGAGCAUAUACGACGCCCCGGAUUCCAGGGGUCGCAGGAUCCGGACCAUCGGAUUCUCAAGCAAUAGAGUUGAGCGGCAGGGCAAGUUGGAAAAGUGCCCGAGCGACGGGCAUGAAUAUCCGAGCUACAGACAGCAACCCUCGAGCUGCCGUUUCGAAUCCGCGAGUGAAUGGUUCAACUCCGAGCUCAGGAGAUCCUAAAGCUCCUGGACAUAACAAGAGUGUCUCACCUUCACGUCCGCGGGGAUACUCUCCUAAACCAUCUCCCACGCCUUCCCCUUGGCCUAAACCAGUGAAAAGACACCGCUACCCCUGGGAUGUCAGUCCUACGGAUGAAUUUCCUGGGUUGGGUCCCUCAACGCAGACCUUGUCCUUGGAAUUGCUCGCACAAGUGGAAGCCCAGAUCAGGGACGAGGAGCGAAAGCUUCAAACACGGUGA